GAAACUUAUCAUCGGACCGUCCUGGUAAACAUGCCUUAACCCGAUUUGAUCGAUCGGGUGUUUGUUUACAUUAUCAACUUAACACUUGCAGGUGAUAUUUUAACGUCUUUUUUUAAGAUUUGUGGAUCAAUAUGAACUAAUGAUAUAUCAGAAAUAAUGUUUUGAUGUGAUCAGUAUGGCUGCUGGUUUAGAGAUCCAUGACGCGGCGUCCACUGGCGAUUAUGACACACUGGAAGAGUAUCUGAAAAGUGGAAAAGUUGACGUGAACCUCAAAGAUUCCGAGUGGAACAAUAGAACAGCGUUACACUGGGCAUGUGCCAAAGGAUUUGUUGAAUGUAUACGACUUUUACUAGACCACGGGGCUAUUGGUACCUCUCGGUCCGAUACUGGAUGGACCCCGGCGCAUUUUGCGGCGGAAACGGGAAAAUUGACAGCUUUACGUGCUUUAUAUAAUGCAAAUAUUCCCAUUCGAUUAAAAGACAAAUAUGGAGAUACACCAAAGCGAAUAGCAGAAAUUUAUGGACAUGCUGAAAUCAUCAAAUUUCUGGAUCAAUGUGCCGCAGACGAAGCGGCAGGAAUCAGACCGACCGGUUUAUCUCCAAAGUUCACCUCAGUGUUCAGACACAGACGAUCUCAGCGUCUCUCUAUGACGUCACACAGGUCAAUCUCUCCGACUCCAUCUGGUUACCGGUCACAAUCAUUUUCCGUUGUCGGGAGUGCUGAAGAAGAACAGAGAGAAAAGGGAGUGAACAACGAUGUAGACUGGGUUCCUGACGCCGAAAGAGAGACAUGAUAUUCUGUCUUUGCAAAUUGUGUGAUAUCAAACAAUUAUUUGCAAAUUGAACCCUAAUUAGCAGUCUUAAAUGUUAAAUAUGUAACAUGCUAUUUCUUUACUGUACUGAAAUGUACAUCAACAUCGUUUGGACACUUAGUGGCAAAACAAAAUUAGAUCUGAAUAAUAUUUAAAAUGAUAAUCACAUGUUAACGUGUAUGGUCUUUGAUUUAGCUACAAACUAGUCAUUUGCUUUAGUAUAUCACUUUACAAAGUCUUUUGCUUUGUGUAUUUAGGAUAGGUUAAAAUAAAUAUUUUCAAAAGUAAAAA